AAUAGAAAAGAAGAACAAAGCUAAGCUAGAAAACUGCUGCAUUGUCCCAUUCCAGCUAAUAUUUCAGUAACAAUGUCUUCAGUUCAGCAUCUCAGAGAGUUUAUCAGAGAGAGACUAACUGCUGCUGCUCAAGAAAUCUUCACCGAGGUUGAAAAAACCAUAAUUUGCUACGAGGAAGAGCUCGAUGCUCAGCGCAGAAUGAUGGGGAUCAACUGGAAACCAGAAAUUAAGCUACACAGAAUCGGUUCGGAGCUGCAGAGACAAAGUUCUGACCUCCGACAGCCAAGUGUCUCCAAUGAGGAGGAAGCUUCUGCCAUCCAACAAAUCUGUAGCAAAGUUAGUAGGUCCAGUCUGGACCAGAAAGAAGCAGAAUAUCAGUGGACUGAAGAGGAACAGAUGGAACCAGAACUAAAAUGGAUUAAAAAAGAAGAGGAUGAACCAGAACCUACACAGCUCAAAUAUAAGGAAAUAGAAUAUUCACUAACAUAUGUAAAAGAAGAGCAACUAGAUUCUUCAGUGCUUCCAUAUGAACAGCAGCCACCAGAACAUUUACCAACUGGACAGAACCAGAAGAACCUCUGCAGCAGUCAGGAGGGAGAGCAGCUUGUCCAGAAGCAGUUUGCUGCUUUGAUUGAGACUUCUACUCUUCAUGAAUAUGAUAUGAAUGAAGAAGAGAGAAGAACAGAGCAGUUUUCCCUUCAUAAAUCUCCAGUGGUUGAGAGAAAAAAUCAGGAAGGAAGCAGCUCCUCUGUUUCAGAGAGUCAGUCUGAUACCAGUACAAAGAAAAGCUCUUUCAAAUGUGACUUCUGUGGGAGAUGUUACACACAACAGUGGAAGUUGAAAAAUCAUUACAUAACCCACACUGGUGAGAGACCUUUUUCAUGCCAAUCAUGUGGAAAGAAUUUCUCUCGAAUUAGUGACCUGAAUGUCCACAAGAGAAUUCAUACGAGUGAGAGAUCUUUUUCAUGCCAGUCAUGUGGAAAAACUUUCUCUAAAAUUAACUAUUUAAAUCUCCACACGAGAAUUUAUUCAGGUGAGAAGCCUUUUUGUUGUCAAACAUGUGGGGAAAGAUUCUCUCAGAUUUGUGAUUUAAAUUGUCACGAGAAAAUUCAUACAGCUGAGAGGCUUUUUUCAUGCAAGUCAUGUGAAAAAAGUUUAUCUAAAAUAGAGCUCUCAAAUCAUCAUAAGAAAAUUCAUUCAGGUGAAAAGCCUUUUUCAUGCAACUCAUGCGGAAAAAGGUUCUGGCGAAUGGGUGAUUUAAAUCGUCACAAGAAAAUUCAUACAGGUGAGAAGCCUUUUUUAUGCCAAUCUUGUGGAAAAAGCUUCUCUAGAAGGGAUAAUUUGAGGAUUCACAUGAAAACUCAUACAGGUCAAAGACCGUUUUGAAACCAAACUUGAGGAAAAAUGUUCUAUGAAAUUGAUCAUUCAGAUAUAUACAGGAGAACCCACAUGGCUGAGAUGUGUCUUUCAAAUGAAAAAUGUCUUUCAUUAUGGUAAACUGAAUUUCCACAUGAAACAAAUAUAUAACAAGUACACAAGAGUGAUGGAGCUGGAAUCGCCUAGUGCAGAGGUCUCCAACUCAAUUGCUCAACAUUAAAUGUUCUGCAGGUUUUAGAGUCAUCCCUGUUCCUAGGGGCGCUGCCAGAAUUUUGGCCCCCAUGACAAAAAAUAAAAUUGGUUGCCCCCCCUG